AUGACGGUGGUGGUGAUGGUGGCGACCGCGGUGGUGGCGGUGGUGGGCGGUGGCGAGAUUGCAUCACGUCGCACAUUACUCUCUCUUUAUGUUGAUGACAUGAUUAUUACAGCAGAUGAUUUAAGUGGAAUAGAAGAGUUGAAAUUGCAUUUGACUCGUGAGUUUGAUAUGAAAGAUUUGGGUCCUCUGCGUUAUUUUUUGGGACUUGAAGCAGUUUAUUCUCCUCGUGGCUAUCUUCUCUCGCAAUCCAAAUAUAUUGGUGACAUUCUAGAGCAGACUCAUCUAUCUGAUGCUCACAUUGUUGAUACUCUGCUUGAAAUUAAUGCUCGGUACUCUUCUGUUGAUGGUGUUCCCUUGCCAAAUUCAUCUUUAUAUGACACUCUAGUUGGCAAUCUAGUAUAUCUCACCAUCACUAGGCCUGACAUUGCUUAUGUUGUACAUUUUGUCAACUAG